UCACAAAAGCUUGAAGAUCAGAGGACGGGAAACAACUUCUUCAAGGUCUCCGAGCGAAUGACGUCACCGUUUGAACCGCUACAAGCGCGCAACGCUCACCAGCUCGCCAUUUCACACGGGUCACACCAGGACAUUGAGAUGAAAUGAAAAGAUGGUACCUGUGCAUGGAGCUGAUGGAUGCCAACCUGUGCCAGGUGAUCCAGAUGGAGCUGGACCAUGAGAGAAUGUCUUACCUGCUCUACCAGAUGCUGUGUGGAAUCAAACACCUGCACUCCGCAGGCAUCAUUCACAGGGACCUGAAACCUAGCAAUAUAGUGGUGAAAUCUGAUUGUACUCUGAAGAUCCUGGACUUUGGCUUGGCUAGGACUGCAGGCACCAGCUUCAUGAUGACCCCGUACGUGGUGACGCGGUACUACAGAGCCCCAGAGGUCAUCCUGGGCAUGGGGUACAAAGAGAACGUGGAUAUAUGGUCGGUGGGGUGCAUUAUGGGAGAAAUGGUGCGUCACAAAAUUCUGUUCCCUGGCCGGGACUAUAUUGACCAAUGGAAUAAGGUGAUUGAGCAGCUGGGCACGCCUGCGCCAGAGUUUAUGAAGAAACUGCAGCCCACCGUCCGUAACUAUGUAGAGAACAGGCCCAAAUACGCAGGCCUCACCUUCCCCAAGCUCUUCCCCGACUGCCUCUUCCCCGCAGACUCAGAGCACAACAAACUCAAAGCCAGCCAGGCCAGAGACCUGUUGUGUAAGAUGUUGAUUAUUGAUCCAGCCAAGCGGAUACAAGUGGACGAAGCUUUACAGCACCCCUACAUCAACGUUUGGUACGACCCAGCCGAGGUGGAGGCGGCCAGGGAUCUCGUCCAAAUAUCAAUGCCGCCUCCUGCUAUCUACGACAAGCAGCUGGAUGAGAGAGAACACUCCAUCGAUGAAUGGAAAGAACUAAUCUACAAAGAGGUGAUGAACUUUGAGGAGAGGACGAGGAACGGGGUGGUGAAGGGACAACCCUCUACCUCAGGUGCAGCCGUGAACAGCAGUGGUGAGAGCCUCCCUUCCCCCUCCGUCAACGACAUCUCCUCCAUGUCCACCGACCAGACACUGGCCUCAGACACCGACAGCAGCCUGGAGACCUCUGCAGGACCCCUGGGUUGUUGCAGGUGACUAGCAGCCUGCCUGCGCAACCCCAUGUUCUUCAGAAGGUGAAACACAAUGUCCAAAACAACCCAACCAACCUACCUACCAACCACUACCAACCGAAACCUGAAAAAGAACAAAAAUGAUUAAAAGAGAAAAAAAUUAUGAUAUGAAUGGGAUGAUUAAGGAAACAUCAAGUAAUUACUAUAACAAUCAUGAUUCUAAAAUUUAAGCCUGCAUUUUCAUUCAAAAAUAAAUCACAAAAGUAUAACGAAAAAACUAAAAUAAACUAAAGUGAAAUAUAUUUAUUAACUUCUAGUUGCUUUACUUAUAUCUCCCCCUUAUAUGGCAUCAUAAAAAAUACAAAAAGCUUAGACAGGCAUCUUUCUGUAAAGUGUCAUUAAAACUGGCUGUUCAUUCCCCCAAUACCUUGCAAGCGCCUGUGCUUCAAUGUGGCAAGGUGUUCUCUUUUUGGUCAUUACUGCACAGUACUAUAUAAACCUCCGUUCACUUCCCCCACACCUUUAUGUGAUGGUACUGGUAUGUUUUGAUAACCUCUAGGCUUGAACCUGGGGUAGUCUCCUGUAUGGGUGUGACAGAUAGGUGUGUUUGAAUACUGUUAUUCCUGCAGGGGUUAGUGCUAGUGUUCCACACAGCACAGCGCCCCCUGUCUUCUGUAAAUAUGUAAUUCUGUUCAGAAGCGAGCUAGGCACACAGACGGACAGACAGACAGAGUGGGACUGAUGGCCAGUAGUGGAAGUUCGUCUAUAGCGCACCUUGCCACAUGACAUCACCGCCUUGACCUUUGUCCCCUUAACCUUUGCCCCUUGACCUUUCACCUUAGUUUAACCCCUUGCCUGUUAGACCUGCUGCAUGAUUACAAAAGCUAACUCUAAUUAUAUGAUUAAAUGACUAUAGAUACUUUUGUUUAUAUAACAUAAGUAAUUGAACUUUUCACCCGGAGUGGUGCUGAAACCCAGGGAUGGGGGAGCUCUAGUUAAUGAUGGAUAGCUAAAUAUAUAUAUUAACAUACAUACUGUAGUGAUUGGCUGCAGGAGAAGUCAUUGGGACGUACAGUACUAUCGCUGUCAUCGCUGAGUAGGAUUGGGGUCAAUUCACUCAAUUCAGAAUGUCAACUGAAAUUCCAAUUCUAUUUCCAUAUUUUCAUCAUUGAAACACAUUCAGGAAGAUUGGAAUUUGGAACUGAAUUUUUCAAUUGACUUCCUGAAUUGACAAUGGGACUGACCCCAAACGUGUCGCAGAGCUGGAACCUUAAGUUCUCGUUUCUUUUUUGUGUUUUUUGUUGAAAUGAAAUGAUAAAAUCCCUUCUGACUGCACGCCUGCACCACGCCUACAGGCUGUGGACCGGCCCACCCACCCACCCACAGCCAGUCAUUCCCAGUGUCACCUACCCACCAACCAGGGUGGUCACUCACUCUGUUUCUGUGUCACUACUGUGGAGUAAAGAAGAGGAGAGAAGGAGACCCGCUUUGGGAGGGGGGGCAGGAGGUUACCUCAUAGAAUAGUUUAGUUCCUCAAUCACAUCUGUCAUUUACAUUUAAAUGACUACUACUUACUGUAAUGACUAAUACUUAUUUACUGUAAUGACUACUACUUACUGUAAUGACUACUACUUACUGUAAUGACUACUACUUACUGUAAUGACUACUACUUACUGUAAUGACUAAUACUUAUUUACUGUAAUGACUACUACUUACUGUAAUGACUAAUACUUAUUUACUGUAAUGACUACUACUUACUGUAAUGACUACUACUUACUGUAAUGACUACUACUUACUGUAAUGACUAAUACUUACUGUAAUGACUAAUACUUACUGUAAUGACUACUACUUACUGUAAUGACUACUACUUAUUUACUGUAAUGACUACUACUUAUUUACUGUAAUGACUACUACUUACUGUAAUGACUAAUACUUACUUACUGUAAUGACUACUACUUACUGUAAUGACUAAUACUUAUUUACUGUAAUGACUACUACUUACUGUAAUGACUACUACUUACUGUAAUGACUACUACUUACUGUAAUGACUACUACUUAUUUACUGUAAUGACUACUACUUACUGUAAUGACUACUACUUAUUUACUGUAAUGACUACUACUUACUGUAAUGACUAAUACUUAUUUACUGUAAUGACUACUUAAUUUCUGUAAUGACUACUACUUACUGUAAUGACUAAUACUUACUUACUGUAAUGACUACGUACUUUCUGUAAUGCCUACUACUUACUGUAAUGACUACUACUUACUUACUUACUGUAAUGACUACUACUUACUGUGAUGCCUACUACUUACUUACUGUAAUGACUACUACUUACUGUAAUGCCAUAUUUUGUCAAAAGGGAAUCAGCUGAUAUACCGACUACCUAUAAAACUAGUAAUGUUAAAAAUAAGGAUUUUAACUGAAAGUGUAUUUAUUAUUGAUUAUUUAUUAUUUCAUAGACUGAACCUGAAUAAUGGGAAGUGCCUUGUUUGGAAUGAUGCCGUUUCCUCAUCUUAGAUAUGCAGUAAUAACAACAACGCAGCAAAAGCAUUGAAAUGAAGUUGGUGUCUGGUAGGGUUGAAACAUUUCUGGUAACUUUCCCAGAAGUCCCAGGUUUUCCAGAAAAUCCUGGUUGGAUGAUUCCCAGUUGGAGGAUUCCCAGUUGAAGGAUUCCCAGUUGAAGGAUUCCCAGUUGGAUGAUUCCCAGUUGGAUGAUUCCCAGUUGAAGGAUUCCCAGUUGGAUGAUUCCCAGUUGGAGGAUUCCCAGUUGGAGGAUACCCAGUUGGAGGAUUCCCAGUUGGAGGAUUCCCUCCCUUUUAAUUCCCUCCUGAUCCCAGGAAUCGUCCAUCUUAUAAUCCUUCAACUUCAUGAAAACCUGUGAAGUUUGGGAAAGUUUACCAGAGAUGUUGAAACCUUAGUGUCUGGCCUGUCCUGUUCAAUCUGUUUCCGCAUGGUGCCACUGUCUGCACCUCCCUGCACAUAGUCACCACUACUGACCGAUACCCAUGUCCUCUCUAUAGGAAGUACACUACAACCAUCACCAUGGAAUCGUUGCAUCUUUGACUUAAUCAUGUAGAAAUUGGAACCUACUUUUUAAACACACUGGGACUGUUGUUAAAAUGCAGAUAAAGACUCAUCAUCUACAUGUUUUUCUGACCUAUAUAGUUACCUAGCAACUGAGCAGAAUACCUUCUAAGUUCUUCUGACCUAUAUAGUUACCUAGCAACUGAGCAGAAUACCUUCUAAGUUCUUCUGACCUAUAUAGUUACCUAGCAACUGAGCAGAAUACCUUCUAAGUUGUUUUGUUUUGUAUCUGUAAAUGUCUUAUUUGAUCAGUGUCCUUACAUUUCAAUAAAGGGAUGAAAUAAGA